CAGACUUCUAUAUCCCUUGGACAAUUACACAGUCAGGAGUUUCCGUCGAAAUCAAAGGUGAAACUUUGUUGGUUAUCCAUCCUGACCAUAUAAAAGCAGUGAGAUACUCAAGGAUUUUCGCACAUUAAUCUGUGAACUUGUACGGAUCGUCGUAGAAACAUUCAGCUUUGAAAUAUUCCAUUGAUCUGAGUUCAAAACAAUCAUUGUUCAGCGAUCCAUGGCCAUUUUAACGACCCGAGAAGCGACGCUAAAAGAAGGGUACCUUUUCAAACAGAGUAGAACUGUUUGGAAAUUAUGGAAAGCACGAUUUUUCAUCCUUAAAACGACUGGUUUGUUCUAUUACAAGAAGAAGAGUUACUGCACCGGUCUGGCGCUUGGGGUGAUAUCAUUGAAAGACAUUUCAAUGCAAGUUGACGAGGUUGGCGAUCGAAGGAGAAAGUUCUGCCUAAAGAUUAACGCAGAUGGGAAGAACUUUUCUCUUUGUUGCUUUUCCGAGGACGAAAGAAACUCGUGGAUGACAGCCAUAUUAACAGCUGUUACAUCGUAUGUUAUCAACCAUUACGAAGGGGCGAAAACCGACGAGAUCAGUUACAUGACAAGAGGUAAAAGUCUAUCGCGCUCCAAGUCUUUCGAUGCAAUCACUGGCGCAAAGCUUAAUCCUCCGAAAGCUUCAACCCUGAGUACCAGCGCUACUGAUCUAGAUCGAAUAGUGUUGCGAGAUGCGAAGUCAACUCCGCUUCCGAAAAGAAAGCAAAAAGCAUUCUCCCAUUGGGAUUUCAAAUGGAGAAACAGCUACAUAAGCUUUGACGUGAUUUGAUCGGCGAGAGAACAUUACAUUUUUUUUAUUUAAACGAGAUUGCAUCAGUGAAUUAAAUUAUCAACUGAAAUACAGGUCAUAUUUUGUACAUACAUUUUGGAUGAUUUUUUUAAUCCGCAAGGAAAGAAACAUUGACGUUUUUAAGUGUACGGAUAGAAACCACAAGUUAAGUGCCGGAAGUUGCAGUAUUUGUGUCGGCUUGGAAAAUAUUGUACCUACGUUCCGUUUGUAAAGAAACCUGCUCGAAUAAUAGCGAUAUCUGUAUUAAUGAUAUUAUUGUAAAUAGUAUUUCUUUUGUAAAUAACGAUAUCAGAAAUGUUUUAAUAUAUGCUGAUUACAUGAU